CAAACAGUAAUCUUGCCUUCAACCAUGUCAAUGAGGCAGCAUUUCGAAACUUUGUCAAAUACUUGGAUCCAAAGUUCCACGUGAAGUCCGCCAGAACAAUGGUUAGAGCAAAACUUCCUCUUCUCAACCAAUUGGUCAAGGAGGCAGUGACGAACAAGAUUGUAACAGAUCUAAAAGACAAUGCCGUUGGUGUAGCUUUCACAACUGAUUUGUGGUCAUCAAAAAACUUCGAUCCAUUCCUUGGUUUGACACUUCACUAUAUCUCAAAGAACUGGACCCUAGGGAAGCUGCUGGAAGUGCAGAGGGUAGACAUACAUCUCAAAACAUUGCUGAACUUCUUGACAAGACAAUUAGUGAGAUUGUAGGCUUUCCAUCAAAUGUCCACAAGACCUGCACAAGUUAUAAUGCAGCUAAUAUGCUAGCAGCCAUCCCAAAACUGACAGAAGAAAUUCAGGAGGGCCUUGGGUGUGUUGACCAUAUACUUAACCUUGUGGUGACUGAGUGUCUCGGCAUCCCUGAAGUAAAGUAUGCUGUUGAUGCAUUCAAGAAAUUGUCGUCCAGAACUCACAAAAGCAGCAUUGCUCAACAGAGGAUUAAGAAAGAGUGUGUCAGGAUAAACAAUCAAUCUAAGGACGAUACAAACAUUGAAACUGUUGAAUUUGUCAAAAUCAUUGCACCUGUUGAAACCCGUUGUAAUUCCAUCUUGAUGAUGAUGCGAUCCAUUUUAAAGUUGAGGCCAGCUCUUGAGAGGAUCAGAGAGAACUUCAGCAAGGGAACUAAUCCCAAGUUAAGAGAAAAAAUCCCUACAUCAGAGGAAUUUGAACAGGUGAAUGAGUUAGAUUUUUUUCCGAAUUAUUAAAAUUCGUUAUUCCCGUUAAUUCCGAAUAUU